UUACCCGCGUUUAUCAUUCCCUGUGAUCUCCGAUCAUCAUAUUUUUCCAGUUGUCUACUACAUCCCCUAUACUAAUCUCUCAAUCUCAGAUGGCGUACCGAAGAAGCCAAACAAUUUCAAAGGCUUCAAUGUUAAACGAAGAUAUUCACCGUUCUAACAGCGUUGAUGACACCACCACCACCACCACCACCACCUCCGCCGUUGCUCCGCCGUCACCAGUUGCUGCUGAGGCGAUCGGAGCAUCUGUCACUCAUCGUGACUCGUCUGAUGACCGAUCCAAGGGUUCUGCUACCUAUGAUUAUACGUCAACGGGAAGCACAAACGAACCCAGAGGCUUUUGGGGUGUUAUAGCGAGGAAGGCUAAAUCAAUUAUCGAUGAUGAUAACGCUCCUCCUCCAAGUUUCGACACACCUAGUACUAUAAAGACAGAAACAGUCUCAACAAGCAACCGGGUUGAGCAUCGUUACGAGUCUUUUGAACACUCCAGAAAUAUGGAUGGUCCAAAAUUGAGGAAGGGUUUGGAUAAGCUCACAUCUUCACUUAAUCAAAUUGGCGGAACGAUUGGAAAUGCUUUUGAGGAAGGGCGUACCAUUGUGGACAAGAAAACUCAAGAUAUCAUCCAAGAAACUCGCAAACUGCAAAACAGGAGAAAAGGAAUGAACGAUGAACAAGAUCAGCUGCAGGAACCUAAAAUGCAAUCUACACAACAACAGACAAACCUAACAAACCAACUCAAGGCAUCUCGCGACGUGGCAAAUGCAACUGCUGCUAAGGCGAAACUACUACUUCGGGAGCUGAAAACUGUCAAAGCGGAUUUGGCAUUUGCGAAAGAACGGAGUUCUCAAUUAGAAGAAGAGAAUAAAAUGCUUCGUGAGGCUCUUGAAAAAGGAGACCGCCCUACAGAUGAUGACAUGAUCCGGCUUCAACUUGAGUUACUUUUAGCAGAGAAAGCUCGUUUGGCUAAUGAGAAUUCUGUAUACGCACGUGAAAACCGCUUCUUGAGGGAAAUUGUUGAAUACCAUCAACUAAGUAUACAGGACGUCGUGUAUUUAGAUGAAGGCAUCGAGGAGGUUACAGAAGUUAACCCUGAACUUUCUAGAACAUUAUCAACAGCAUCAUCCUCGCCGCCAUCGUUACAUUCUUCCCCCCAUGAACCUCUUGAAAGAACAACUUCUUAAUUUGCAUGAUUCAUGUUCUUGUAAUUACUUGUAAUUAUGUUUUUGAUUGUUUUGUUCCUUUUUGUGCAUUA